AUGCCCAAAUGGAUGAUAUUCAGAUUCUGUAGGUCUAAAUGUCAUGCUGCAUUCAAAAAGAAAAAGAAUCCCCGUAAAGUCAAAUGGACGAAAGCAUAUAGAAAGAAUGUCGGAAAGGAAUUGUCAAUUGAUCCUGCCUUUGAGUUUGAGAAGCGUAGACAGAUUCCUGUUAAGUACGACAGAGAGACUUUCACCAAAGCAGUGGAAGCCAUGAAGAAAGUAGAAAUUAUUAAGCAAAAAAGACAGAAAGCUUAUAUUAUGCAGAGGUUAAGAAAAGGCAGAGAAUUGGAACAAGAAAAGGACAUAAAGGAAGUACAACGAGAUCUUUCACUCAUCCGUUCACCAGCAGCUGGGUUGAAACAACGCAAAGAGGACCAGAAAGAGAGCAUUGAGGAAAGUGAUGAAGAAAUGGAGGGAAUUGUUGAAGAUGGUGGUGAGGUGACCCUGUGAAUUUCUUGAGUUGCAAAUGAAAAAGAUAUUUUUUACUUAUUGUGUCCUGAGAUGAUUAGAUAAAAGUCAAUAUACUUAGUUUUUAUGUUA